UGACGUCAUAUCAGCUCAACUGAUGUGUGGUUGGCAGAACUGACGUGGCAAUUACCAGCAACUCUGUUUCACGUCGUUCAGAAAACUAAAAAUACAACACACAUUUUUCUUACUCAUUUGACUGUGUGGCAAAGGUAACCUGGCUAUAAACUCGUCACUUCCAGGUACAGAGAUAUAUAUAUAUAUUCUUAUAUAUAUGUAUAUAUGCUCAGAUGCUUUUGAAAUAUAAAAACAAAAUAUUGAGUACGUAAGGGAGUAACCAAAAAAGCUUCUGUUUCCUUUGCUGCUGCACCUAAAGAUCGUUUCUGUUUAUAUUUCUAUUCAGUCUAGUGACUGAUUUUGUUUUCUUUCAUUUCGCUAUCACCUGGAACAGUUCUAAUUAAAAAGGAAGUGAUUGAUAAUAAUAAUAGCGACUAAUACUCAGUGUACUUUCCAUUCAAAGUUGAGGAAUAUUUACUUAAGAAAACAGCAAACUGAAUAAGAAAUAUGGGGCUAACCAUCUCUAGCCUUUUCCAACGUAUGUUUGGUAAAAGCCAAAUGAGAAUUCUUAUGGUUGGUUUGGAUGCUGCUGGGAAAACAACCAUUUUGUACAAGCUGAAACUUGGAGAAGUCGUUACAACCAUUCCUACUAUAGGAUUCAAUGUUGAAACUGUUGAAUAUAAGAAUAUUAACUUCACUGUCUGGGAUGUUGGUGGACAGGAUAGAAUACGACCACUUUGGCGUCAUUAUUUCCAAAACACACAGGGUUUGAUAUUUGUAAUAGAUAGUAAUGAUCGAGAAAGAAUGACAGAAGCUUCUGAUGAAUUGCAAAAAAUGCUAUCAGAAGAUGAAUUAAAAGAUGCCGUUUUAUUGGUAUUUGCCAACAAACAGGAUUUACCAAAUGCUAUGUCUGUUUCUGAAAUUAAACAAACUCUUAAAUUAGAAUGUUUGACAAAAAAGUGGUACAUUCAGUCAACAUGUGCAACACAAGGUUCUGGUUUAUAUGAAGGUCUUGACUGGCUGUCUUCUGAACUAUCAAGGAAUGUAUAAAAAAAAACGAUACAAAAUGAAUAAUAAACAUUCGCAGAGUGCUUUAAUCAACUCCUAGAACAAUAUGAAAUAUUCAUCAUGGAUUCUUGUAUGUGUGCUUGUCUGCCUGGCUUGAAAAUGUGCUGGAAAGAAUGAUGUUCACUUGUACAAAGGAUGGUUACAGGCAAAAUAUAUAUAUAUAUAUAUAUAAUGUAUACAUAUAUAUACAGAGCCACUGUUUAAAGUAUGGCUGCAUUAACAUGGACCACUUUUUAUGAGGUUUCUUCUCACGUGCUCAACAUAAAGUGAAGAACAGCAGCAAAUUUAGUUGUUGUCAUUACACAGACCUGUAGACCUCUGAUUUCACUUUACAAUAACUUUGAGAGGAAAUGUUUCCAGAAAAUAUCUUCAAAGCUAUAAAUUAAAGAUUUUGCAAAAAAAAAAAAGAAGAAAAAAAAGAAAAAUGAAAUACAAAAAUAACAAAACACUUUUUUUUUAAUGUGUAUGUAUGUAUGAGUGUGUGUAUGUGUAUAUAUAUAUAUAUAUAUAUACACAUACACACACACACACACAUACAUAUAUAUACUUUCUCCCCAUUUUUAAAAAAAUAUUCUGACAAGUCCACAUUUUGUUUUGUCAUUUAUUUCUGAUAGUUUUAAUUUGGGAUUCUCAAAAUGGUUUUUAAAUCAUUUUUUGUUGUCUAUAUCUCUCUUGUAUUCUUUUGGGCCAAUGUUAUUAAAUUUAAGAUAUUAAAAAUAUAAAUAUUGUUGUUAAGUAUAAAAUAUAUACUUUCUAGAACUCUUUCAAACUUGUCCUGUAUUAGAAAUUAUUUUUUUAAUUAAAACUUUCUAAAGGAAAUACAGUAUCGAGUAGUCAUUCCAUUCAAUUGAGCAAAUAUGACUAGCCAGUUACCUUCUUAAUAUCUACUAUUGAACAAAUGACAAUCUGACACUGAAAGGAUGUAUGAGCAAGAUAAAAAAACUAUGGAAAAUGAAAAAAAUAAGUUUAUCAAAUUUUAUUUUAGAGUUUUUAAAAAAGAAUUAGAGUUUUUAAAACAUUUUACAAAAUCAAUUUCAUAGUUGUGUUUAUCAGUAUGAUGUCGUGACUGAUUGUUUGUAAAUAAUGUGACCAAUGAAUUAGUAGUUACUGGUGUUUUAUAAGAUGACUGAUUGUGCUCUUACGUUAUGAAGGGGUACUGAAAAGUUCCUGGCUUCAAGGGUAUCACAAAAGGCCUGGUUGGUGGUCCAACUUUCCGAAUUCUUUUACAGGGGUUAGAAAAACUGAAGGACCAAGCAUGGAAUAUGUUGAAUAAAAUCCUAAUUAACUGA